UUGAAAUCGAUUUUUUCCCAGCUGUAUUAUAUUUAUUUGGUUUGAUGGAAAUAUCCUUGGACUUUCAAACAUAUUAGGAAAAGCAAUGGCUGCAGUGGAUGAGUGCACCCACAGUGUGCUCGACCAGGUCAACCACCUGGCCACAUUGUUGGCGUUAAACGAGGAGGUGACCGAUGUCCCCACAGCUGCUCGUUUGGUGGCCAAGAAGCGGUCAGAAAUCUAUGAGGCGCUCUUCCGACGCGGGAAAAUGUCAUCCGAGGAAAUACUAGAGCUGAUUUCACAGCUGAGCAGCGAAUUAAGGAAAGAUCCAAAGCAGCGAGGCAGGCUACAGAUCUUGGAGAAAUUGCUUGAAGAGCUAAAGAACACUGAUUCCCAGGAACCUGAGAGGAUUGACGAGAAUACCACCAAAGCUGAGUUUAGGGUUUUAAGAGCGGGCGUGCUUAAGCUCCACGAAGUGCAUCUCGUUGACCCCAACACAUUUACAAAGCCAGUAAAUCCAAAUCUCUUCAAAUCAAUCAAUCAACUGAAACAGGCUCGGAAGCCACUGAAUCUAUGGGAACGCGCCUGGGACCCUCUACCGUGUAACAUAAAUAAGAAGGUCAACAGGAUGAACCCAAUUAUUGGCUACCCCUCCUAUUUGACAUCAUCCCUUGAUAGGAUUCGAGAAGUUAGACUCCAAUCAAUGCCACCGAUCCCCCAACUGGAGUUUCUAUACAGAAAAAGUUGUAAGAAACCCCAGAAGUAUCGGGAACCUGUAUCAUCGAAGAAGCAUUUUAUCUCGGACAAGAUGAUGAGCAACGAACUGAAUCUCCUCUUGAACAAGGAACUGGUGCUCAACUAUAUCAAGGAAGAUGUUCUGAUAGAUCACCUUAAGAAGGCAGCUGCUGGUGUCCAGUCGGACACGUUUAUGUGUUCGCCGGAGAAUGAUAAGGAGCUAAUGAUUAGGCCCAACACUACGCUGCCCAGUGUGCUGCCGAAGAUCCUGGAGGACUUUUCGGAACCCUUUCUGCGGGCUGGCUCUGCUUACCGGCGCUUGAGUGCCCGCACCAGCUGUUACUCGUAUACCAAUGCCCGUCUGGAAAGACCCCUCAACCGGGCUUUGCGAGAAAUUCUAGUGGAUUUCUUGACCACCAUUCGCCAGUUUCUGUUAUCCCAGUCCGCUGACAGUCUUCCCCAGUUGCUAUUUAACUCCCGGUCUGCUAUGCAGACCCUGCGACUAUUGGAGAACGUUUUCGAGAGGGAGCCCAGGUUGAAUCUAGAGGCUGGAGUGCCAGGAUGUUUCCUGAUGAGGUGCAUUUGGCAAGUCAUCGACACCUGUGGCCACAGCGACUUCCUGCAGCUUCUUAUCUAUCUGCUGCGCAGGAUGUCGCAGACAUACUUUGGCCAGUUGCAAAGUUGGAUCUACCGUGGCGAGCUGGACGAUGAACUUAACGAGAUUUUCAUCAGUCGAUGCCAUAACACAUCGCCGUCAACGAUCGAUGAGUGCAGCAAGGACUUCUUCAAUAGGGGCUACCAAGUGGUCAACGAGGAAAUUCCAGACUUUUUAUCCGGCUGCGAGCACGACAUUCUUCAGUGCGGGAAGUACAAUCGGGUGCUCAAGGCCUACAAUGCUCAGCACCCAGUCUUCGAUGUUGAGUUCCCGGCUAUAGUGGUUUGUUUGACGGAGCAGCAGCUAAAGGAUAUGCGUCGUCGCUUGGCCGAAAAGUAUGCCGUCAUCUAUCAACGAUUCGGAUGGUGCAGCAUGCAAAGCAUCUUCCAGGAACGCAUGGCGACCAAGCGCAACUUCCAGAACCUUAUGGUGGAGCGCACCCGAGUCCAUUUGGCUGCCUGGGAGGAACAUAUGCGUGUGCUGCAGCUAGAAUCGAAUGCCCAGAAGAAGCAGCGCUACGAUCAGCUCAAUGCAGACCUGGAGCUCCAUCAACAGAAUGUUCUGGAGAAGCGGCGUCAGGAGAUCGUCAAUGAAAUGGUCUUUCUGAGAGAAAGUGAGCGCCUGGAGGAGAAAAGGCAGCUUCAAGAGAAAGAAUCACUGCAGAAGAAAGUGGCUCAUCUCCAGGGUUUAUUGGGUGUUGAGACGAAGUCCCAGGACACUUCGAGUCCAGAUGACAGCUCAAACAGCGAUCGCAGCUUUAAGUCCUGCAUCGAGGGACCCAAUUCCCGCCCAGAAUCUGUGAUAGACAAGGAUGAUAAAGCAGAGGAAGCGGAGGGUGGAGCAGAAAACUUGGAGCUGCCUGCCAAGACAAAAUCCCAGACUUCCUUGCAGUUUCAGCCCACACCCUUGGACGAGGUCAACUUCAAUGAACAUCUGACCUUGCAAUCGGAACUCGAUCGUAAUCGCAAGCACAUUCUCUCCUCGGAACACUUUCAGGCGAUGGUUAAUGUCAAAGAGCUGGACUCAACGACUUCGACAGGGUUACGGGCCCAACUACCUCCCGACAUUAAUGCGAAUCUAAAGGACACUGAGGCUGCUGACCAGCUGUCUGACCUCCAGCGUUACCGGCUCCGGAUGCAGCAGCAUGAUUCCUUUGGUAACUAUAACUCCACUGAGGAUGAGAAUACUCGCCGAAUCCAGCGUCAAAUGGAGUCCACUGAAGAGCGGGCCAAAAAUAGGCGGAAAGUUAUGAGCAGCGAGUAUGAAAUCAUAUUGGCUGAACGAAAGAAAGAUACCUUGCAGCUGCCGCUAGAAUCCAACAAGUUGCACGUGGAGGUGCCUUUGUCGGUUUUAACGCCCAUGUCCGUCACCUCCGAUGCUGAUUUUAGCGCUCUUACGCCGCCUGACAACACCGCAGAUAAGGAUGCCGCUGAUAAUAAUAAUAAUAAUAAUGAUCAAGUGGAGGACUCGUUAUUGUUGAAUACCGUGUCACCACAAAAGAAGCCUCUGCCUGUGCCUGUAAAAGCAGGAGGACUAGCUUUGUCCGCCUUUAAGCCCAUUUUCAAACUGCCCACAAACUAAAAAAAGAAUGAGCUAGCUGUGACUGAUACUGUUCCCGCAACGGAGGCCUGCAAUCCCUUUAUGGCCCGUCGAUGCCUCCAACUGUCUGUAAUGGUGCCUGUCAAUGCCCACUACGCUCUACUGCGAAACGAGGUCUUGAGAAUAUUCAAGGAGCUGCGCAUCUACGAGCAUUUCCGCCGACUGAGGAACUACUUCUUCCUGCUGGACGGACAGUUUGGUGGAUUACUCACAUCCGAUAUUCUAGACAGAAUCCGAACAGGAAUCGAUCCCAAGAGCCUCUGUCAGAGGGGCGUUCUCGACGCCAUGCUGGGCAAUGCGUUGGCAUGCUGUCCGACGGAUGAGACCACAGUUACCCAGAAUCUUACACUGAAUUGCAUCAAGAUUCCGGAGAGACUGGAUUUCUGGUCCCUGGAUACCACCUCCAUGCUGGCGCUAAACUGCAAGGUGGAUUGGCCCCUAAACUUGGUAAUAAGUUCGGAAACAGUUGCCAAAUACGGCCAAAUAUUUGGGUAUUUGCUAAAGUUGCGGCACGUGACUUUCAUUCUGGACGCAACUUACCAGCACCUGCAGCGCGUGGGAAAGUUGCUUGGCCCAAAGCUCCGGAUGUCUGUCCAGUUUCGGCAAUUGCAGGCGGUGCGCCAAAAGCUGUUGCACUUUGUGACCGCGUUGCAAACGCAUUUGGUGGCCAAGGCCUUUCAGGCCACUUGGAACAAUUUCAAGGAAGAUCUAUGCACCACUAACUCCAUCGAGGACCUCUACAGGCACCAUGUGGCCUACCUAAAGCGGGUGGCCUUUUUGGCUUUCCUAAACCGGAAGAGUGCUAAGGUUAAAGAAACCAUCGACAAUAUUCUAAUUAUUAUACUGCGCUUCUGCAAAGUGAUCCAAUCGCAAACGUUUAUGGUGGAUGUGGAAAAGCAGUUUGUACAUCCUCGAUUCAAGCGCCUGCUGCAGGAAGAGGCCGAGUUCGAUAAGUUUAUGCACUAUCUCAUAUAUUUGGGCAACAAGGCGGCCGCCUCUGGCUAUCAGGAGGAAAUUGGUGACCUGAUAUGUAUUAUUAAUUUUAAUAACUACUAUAUAGUAUCUGAGCAGAAAUCGAUAUGUUGAAUAGUUAUACUAUUUGGAUGUCAUGGGGAAUUUAUCACAAAUAUUGCCAAACGACCCAAGAUCACACAUUAAGGAUCUAUAAAUGAUUUCAUUAAUGCUCAUUUCCAACGGUAUUCAAUAAUAUCCGCGUCAUAGAUAAAAUAAUAUCAAAUAUUGCUGAAAUAUUCAAUCGAAAUAAUGUACCUAAUUGUUAAAAAUUGUAACUCAUGAACGCGUCCAUUAUCUCAAAACACGAUUCGAAUAAAUUCAUGUAUGUGUGUACUAUUUUAA